AUGUGUUCAGCUCAAGGCGGUUCAAGUCCGAACAUGAUAUUUGACUUUUUGAAGGUGCUGGUUGCGUUCGUGCAGGUCUUCGCAACAUCCGGGUCCGGCAACCUGGGGUCCUCCGAGUGUCCAUGCGUUACCAACAGCUCUUCCACGUACGCAGUCUAUGAAGCUGUCGUGGCCGGAACAGACGGGCUCCCUCCAACUUUUGGUUUGACCGGCUGUCAAGCGUAUGACUCAAACCUGGCCAAGUACGGGUGCGCUCAAAAUGCAGAAGCUUACUGCAGGAGCCCAUGGUGCUACGUGGAUCCGGAGUUGUGCCCAGAAAACAAGGAGCUGUGCGAGGCGGCCGGCGGAGAGUUGGGAAGCGAUGUCUCGCCCCACUGUCGCACUCGGAGAACUGAUCUGAGUCCGACCCUCUUCAACGUUUCCGGCUUGUACAGCUACGAGACGUGUGGCUCUGUGAACGUCUACGACAUUUCAGAGCUCAACGAACCGGUGGCAGCGCGUCGGCUGCGGGUAGCAGCAACAGCUUGGGCACCAUGGAUCAUCACGAAGCGGAACCUCAGAGGUGAGGAAGAGUGGGCCGGUCCGAUGUAUGACUUUUUGGAGGAGACUUUGGACGCCUUUGAUCCAAACCCAGGCAUCAACAUCGUUCCAGGAUGGGCCACACCAGAGUCCAGGCAAAAGUAUCCGGAGAGCAGCUACACUGCGUGUGUGCACGACGUGGCCGUUGGUAACUUCGACAUUUGCCUCGCAGACCUCUGGAUCACACCGGAAAGGAACCAAUUGGUCACAUUCCUGCCCGCGCUGAGGAACGACCUCUUCUACCUGGUGGUCCCCAAAAGUCAAGGUGCACAAUCUGAUGUUGGCUUGUGGGCUCGCCUCGAGCGGCCUUUCUUGCCCUUCACCCUCGAUGCGUGGAUGGCAGUUUCCGGCUUUCUAUGUGCCAUGUCACUCCUCCUCUACCUGAGACAGCUCUGCGAAACGGGCUGCGAGUUUGAUGGGAAGAACAAGUGCAGGGGGAAUGUAGUUUCAUUCCUCGAGUCUUUGUUCUAUGUCUGGCACGACUUCCUCCUUGGGCAAAGUAGUAUGGACGUGGACAGUGGCCCUGUGCGCAAGAUCUUCAGCUUGGCUCUCGCGUUUUUCAUUCUCAUUACGCUGGCAAGCUACACCGCAAGCUUGGCUUCUUUGCUGGUGGUGAAGAAUCAGGCCAGCGGCGGUGUUGAGUCAAUCGAGGAAGCCAUUAAGGCCGGCAUGACAAUCUGCACGGGCACGGCCUUGCUGCCGACCGUCAACAGCGUGUACCCUCGGGGAAAAUUUCUGGGCGUGAAUAUGGCAGAGGCACCUCGCACACUCUGGGCCGGGAAUUGCUCAGCCAUGGUUAUCACCGAAGAUGUGAUCAACUCGAUGCUCAGUGGAAAGUUCAGGGAGGACGACUGUGCAGCCCUCGAAGCAGGGAGUCUCACAGCAGCAGAGGCCCAAUGCAGAGAGCCAGGUCGAGAUUGCCAGUUUACUCAGGUAGGCGAGCUUCUUUGGAGUGUUCCUAUAUCUUUCCCCAUCAACCCGAAGAUGGCACACAGCUUCUCCUGGGCGUUUACGGCCGCGAUCACGCAGGGCAAGUUCGAGGAUGCAAAACGCAGCCAUGCUCAGCUCUUCCCAACUUCCGCUUGCCAAGUAGAGGAGCCAUCCCUACAGUUGACCUCCGAUGACCUGAGCGGCACAAUGGUCAUCUCCUUCACUCUCAUGCUCAUCGGCUUCAUUGUCAUGGGAUUUCGACAACUCCGCCGCAAGCAAACGAAGAGUGGAGGGCGUGAGGAGACUGAGGAUCCAGAGGAACCCAAGGAGACCAAAGCCAUCUAA